ACGCUUUGCCAAUCCCAACCACUAACUCCUUUGUGUAUUAACCAACCUCUUCUCUUUGGAUUUCCAGAUUACAAACCAAACAUAGUACAUACUGAAAACCAAUGGGAGGAACCCUUCUUGAUUCCCAUUUCCUUGCCUUCACUGCUCUUGUCACUGUAGGAUAUCAGUUGGUGUUCUUCAUUAUAACUGCUCUGCUCAAGUUUGAUAAGGUCACUGAUUUUGCUGGUAGCACAAACUUCAUUAUACUUAGUAUAUUGACGCUCGCUAUCAAAGGAACAUGGCAUUUCAGACAGAUUGUCCUGACUGUGCUUGUUGUUAUAUGGGGAUUUCGUCUUGGAUUGUUUUUAUUAAUGAGAAUCUUGCAAUGGGGAGAGGACCGCCGAUUCGAUGAAAUGCGUAAUAAUUUGGGAAAAUUGGCAGUUUUUUGGAUGUUCCAGGCUGUGUGGGUCUGGACUGUGAGCUUGCCUGUCACGGUUGUCAAUGCUAGCAAUAGAAACCCAUCCGUGCAAGCUCGAGACAUUAUCGGGUGGAUAAUGUGGUCCAUUGGUAUAACCAUUGAAGCCACUGCUGAUCAGCAGAAGCUUAUCUUCAAAAACUCUCCGGUAAACAAGGGAAAAUGGUGCAAUGUAGGAGUUUGGAGAUAUUGUCGCCAUCCAAAUUACUUCGGAGAAAUUCUUCUUUGGUGGGGAAUAUUUGUGGCAUCGACUCCGGUUUUACAUGGUGCUGAAUGGCUUGUAAUAUUUGGACCCGUAUUUCUUACGCUUUUACUACUUUUUGUUAGCGGUGUGCCACUUCUUGAGGAAUCAGCAGACAAGCGAUACGGUGGUAUAGAAGAGUAUCGGUUAUACAAGAAUACGACAAGUCCUCUUGUUCCAUUACCACCAGCUAUAUAUGAAGGAUUGCCGUUAUGGUUCAAAAGAGUUUUCCUUUUCGAGUUUCCGCUUUACAGCCGAAACCUCGGAGCCUCAUAUGGAUUGACUUCUUGAAAAAUAAAACCUUUUUAAAGUUUUCCAUGAGUUCUUCUUGUGUAAGUACUUUUCUAAAUAAGCUUUAACAUUUAUCAUUUCGGGCAAGUUAUCGUAGGAACACUUCAUCUGUUGCUAACCUCGGAAGGCAUUUUUGACAGUGGAAAACAUAACCCAAGCACUUCUAAGAUCAUUUAUCAUUGAAACUUUAUAAACUGAUAUCUUCAGAAGAAACGGCAUUUUUAUUGCUUUUUUACAGUGUUUCUCUGCCAAUCAAUUGAAACACGAAAAAUCAAGCUAAAAGUGCUUAACUGCUUCUCACCUAGAAAUAAAUUGAAGAUGAUCCAAACAGGCCUUUAAUCUUGUGGUUUUCAGAUUGAUUACUAGCAUAUUGUAGUUUUAAAUGACCGACUUGUCUAAUGAAUACCUGUUGUAGCUUUGCAUAGACAGUAAAUGAAAUACAUAAUGGUUGUUUCCGUGAUCUAAAUUACACUCUGU